ACAUUGUAUGAUCUUACUAAUUCGACACUGCAACAGUAUAUUUAACUUAAUUUAGAUUAAUGUUGGAUUGCAAAUUAUACAAAAACUGUCCAGCGAUGACGGGACGGAUCUUGGUUUUCCUAUUGGUGAUUACGGAGCUUCAGGGUCAGAAUCUAGACUCGGUGGUCCGCGAUGCCGUUGAUGCUGAAUUUAACAGGGGUGGUACAAUCAGCACUCGGGGUAUCACGGGUGGUAGGAUUAGACCCAUCGGCGGCAGGACUAGCUCACAGCUGAUUCCCACAGAGGUAACCGGAAGUACUACAGAUAUGCCACGCGGAAGUGGAUCCGGAGCGAUAAAUGCCCUCAACAGUUUCUCUCAGAACAACGCUCCAGAAAUGAAUAGGAUGUUGGACGACAGAUCAUUCCGGGCUUCUACAGCUGCUCGGAACAUUGCCUCGAGCCCAUCUCUAGCUUCCCGGACUAACAGCACCGCAGCCUUCAGGAGAGUCGUCUCCGACCAGCAGAUCAUGAACAGCUUUCAGAGGGCCAUGGCGCCCUUCUGUUAUGAAAUUCCUAUCUGUGACCCCCAGGACCCCUACAGGACGGCGGACGGAUCCUGUAACAACCUGUAUGAUACCCUCCUUGGGAAAUCCUUCACUCCACAGGCACGGAUCAUUCAAAACGCUUAUGAUAACUUUAUUGACGCUCCGCGGACACUGACUAGUGACAGACAGGCUUUCCUGCCCAGUGCCCGGGCAGUGAGUAACGCCUUGUUGUCCGGGUCUACACCAACAAGUUCUAGAUUCUCAAUCUUCCUAACCCACCACGGACAAUUCAUCGAUCAUGACGUCAUAUCCACCCCCUCCAUGACAGAGGGAAAUCCUGCGAGGAGCAUAACAGAUUGCUGCAAUCCUUCAGUGAGAGAUAAAUAUGCUUGCUUUACCAUCCGGGUUCCGGAUAACGACCCCUUUUUCCCGCCAGGACAGACGUGCAUGAAUAUGGUUCGCCAUGCUGCAGCUUUACCUCUGGGAUGUACAAACGGUGUACGUGAACAACAAAACCAGCGUACCUCAUUCAUUGAUGGUACAGCUAUCUACGGCUUUAAUAAAGAACGGGAGCUGUUGCUGCGACAGCGUAGUGGCGGAAGGCUGAAGGAGAGUAACCUUGUCUCCGGUCUUCUUCCCCGAGGAACAUGUCCUUUUGGAUUCGAUACUCCGUAUCACUGUUUUAUGGCAGGUGACCACAGACAAAGUGAGACACCAACACUGACUGUCAUGCACACCACGUGGUUAAGACGUCACAAUCUCAUAGCAGACGCCUUACGUACAUCUUCGGGUAUAACAAACGACGAGGUUCUCUUCCAGGAAGCAAAGCGAAUAGUUGUUGCUGAGCUCCAGCACUUGACUUACACGGAGUUUUUACCAGCAGUUCUCGAUGACUUCCAUAUGAGCGUGUUUAAUCUGUAUUCCAGAUCCGUUGGCCACGAUAACGUGUAUAAUCCCAAUGUUGAUCCACGGACAUUCAACGCCUUUGGUGCCGCUGUUUUGCGCAUGGGUCACACAUUGGUCAGGAAUAUUGUCGGACAUGACAAUGGACGAGGAAACGUGCAGACACAUCCCCUCAUCGAUCAUUUUGGAAACCCGAAUCUUAUGUUCUCACCAUCAAAUGGUUACGAAUUUAUGGCACGGUGGAUGUCCAAAAAUGCAAAGUCUCGCAGCGACAGCGCUAUUGUAGAUGGACUCCGAAAUAGACUGUUUGAGGGUCCCCCUGGCCCAUUCCCCAGAGAGACUACGUCUUUGGACCUCGGGGCUAUGAACACUCAGCGCGGUCGUGAACACGGUCUCCCAUCAUACAAUGCCUAUAGACAGUUCUGUGGCCGGUAUCCAGCAAACUAUUUCGCUGCUGUGCGUGGUGGAUUGGAGGAUCACACGCCACAAGCUGCUAGCAAACUCGCUAGUGUGUACAGAAGCACUCAUGACAUAGACCUUUAUGCGGGCGGAAUAUCGGAAACACCGAUUGCUGGAGGGAUCCUUGGUCCCACCUUCUCCUGCCUGUUCGCUUACCAGUUUUCUCUAUACAAACACGGAGAUAGGUUCUGGUACGAGAACAAUAACAUCCUCGCCGCCUUCACUCCAGACCAACUUGCCCAAAUCAAACAAAUGACUUACUCCAAAGUUUUGUGCUCAGUCGUCAAAGACGAUCUAGGAUCUAUAAGAUAUCAGCCUCGAUUACUUCUACGACCAGAAGUCUUUGGAAACCAUCAACGACCAUGCACCCAAAUAUUGAAUGGAAAUUACCUUGGUUUCGAUAUCCGUCCAUUUGUAAAUGAACUGAGCUCUUUGGGAGGAUCUCGAACAGGCCGCAGUGGUCCUCUUCAUUCCUUCCAAGGAGCCUUUCAGCGUACUUCUGGUGGUGCCGCUAGGACUAGUUCUCUUUCCCACACUAGCCGCAAACCAACUAAUUCUGGCUUUCAAGUCCCGAACCCUGCUAAUGUUCUGCGAAAUGUAACCACUAAUGCCUCAGGGAGUCAGCGAGGUAACAGUCAGCUGGAGAACACGCAAACAGGUAGACAGGGUAACAAUGAUAGAAGACAGAACCAAAAUCGACGAGGGCAGAACCAGAACCGCCGAGGGCAAAACCAAAACCGUCGGGGACGGAACCAGAACCGCCGGGGACAGAGCCAGGGUCGGCGGGGGCAGAGUCAGGGUCGGCGGGGGCAGAGCCAGGGACGGCGAACAAAGUUUCAGGGACGAUUUGGUCAGACUGGAUAAUUUGCAGAUACAGUGAAUGUGUUUUGAGUUCUAAGAGUACAAUGUAAACAUUUUUGUAAGUAGAGUUGAAUGCUAUUGUUAUAGAAUGCAAUAUUUUCACUACUGUUUGUUAAAUACAUAUUAAUAUUGUGAAAAUGCAUGUAAAGUGUUUGCCAUAGUCAAACUCAGGUAAAACAAAACACCAUUCAAAAUAUACAAAUUAUGAAAAGGACAUUCAUAUUGCAUUUCAAUAUAUUUGCACUUACAUGUAACACUGCAAGCAAAUCAGGCAACUGUACUGUAGGAAAGGAUUCAUUGGAACUACAGGAUUUCUACGGGGAAGAUUUAACAUUCGGUUCUGCUUCGUUGGAUCUAAAUUCAAAUUUGAUGCACGGUUUUUGUCACUUCUUAGAAGAGUAGGCUUACAAAAUAAUGCUUGAUUUCCACGCAGAGCAACAUGGAAAAACAGUCCACGAGGCACUCAAUCAGGAUCAUUCUCUAAUGUAGAAUAUCCGAAAGGAAACAGACCCAAUUCUGCCUUGCUAUGUCCCGGCGCGGGGAUGGACAUUUUGGUAUCGAUUUGAUGACAUGCUCCACAUCAUGCGUUUGGCCAAACUAUGGACUAUUUACCCAGCGGUAGUCCUCAGGAUAUGCAUUUUGUUCUGUACUGGAAACCCUAUUCGAAGAUCUGUCAGCAUGGUGGAAUUCGUGUGGAAAGCUGUACUCGAAAAUUUGUUAGCAUACUGUAUGGGAGUACUUUGUAUGGAAAGCUGUACCCGGAUAUUUGUCAGUUUUCUGGACUUUGCUACAUUGAUUUUACAAUUACACUCGCUGAAAAAACAACCCUUUUUGACACAGAUAUAGACGAUUUAUAUUAAGAUUCAUUUCUAGGACGAAAAUAACAUAUUUAUUAGGUGGCGUGCAACCCUAUUAGACUGUCACAUUGAAUGAGAGUUUGUGGGUGUAACUAUAAAGUUUGUCUGUAUAAAGGUUUAAAUCACAAUAUGACUUGCUGAUCUGUAUGGUAAUAAAAACAGACCACUUCACCCAAAACCAGCAGAUGUAUAGGUUCUUUUGUUUAUUUGUUUUGUUUUUCAACAAAGUGUGAAACAUAAUAUUUUGUUUCUUUUUCUCGUCACAUUUAGUAUCAUUGUAAUGACAAUGUAGUGCUGAUUAUUGUUAGUGUGAAUCUCUGUGAGGAGGAAAUAAAGACGGAAUUGUCCCCAGAAUGA